AUCACACACAUCAUGCUAUCCAAGCAUGGACGGGGUUAAUAAUGCCCUGGGCAGCUGCCAGUUUGAGAGGGUCCUAGCAGCUCCAGCUUCUUGUCCAUGAAUCCGUUCCUCAAACAAGCAAAGCAUAUCACAUUAACCAUCAUGUGAUUGCAUGCUGCCUCUAAGGGCUUAACUAAGGAGAGCUUUUAUUCUGCAUUUUGCAUCUCUCUCACCAACAAACUCUCUCUUCGCCUUAACCCCAGUGUUGGUGGAUUUUUCUGCUGCCUGUCAUUUGGCAAAGGGUCUUUUUUUGUUUUUUGUAUUGUACUGUCUGGACAUUAAACGGUGGGGCUACUUUGCCCAAAUGGACAACAGCCCCCCCUUUGUCUUCCACAGGAAGAUCACUGGGCACCUCACGUUCCCUCUGCUUGCUGUCACAAUCCUGGCAUCAUUUGGAUCCUCCAUGCUCUAUGGCUACAAUCUGGCUGUGGUGAAUUCUCCAGCCAUGCAUAUCAAAUCCUUUUAUAAUGCAACAUGGUAUCACCGAUAUGGAAGAGGCCUGGCUCAAGGGCCACUCACGCUCAUGUACUCACUGACUGUCUCGGUUUUUGCCUUGGGAGGCCUGGUGGGGUCAUUCCCAGUUGGAAUUCUGGUCACUUUGUAUGGAAGGAAUGGCACCUUGGUCCGUAGCAAUCUCCUUGUCCUCCUGGCUGGCAUAUUAAUGGGGUUAAGUCGCUACCUGGAAUCACCUGAAAUGGUCAUCUUUGGACGUUUCAUCACUGGUGUUCAUUCUGGCAUCUGUCUUAGUGUGGUGCCCAUGUAUCUGGGAGAAAUUGCUCCCAAGAACCUGCGUGGAUUCCUGGGCCUUGUACCAAGUAUCUUCAUCUGCCUGGGGGUCUUCUCUGCACAAGUCUUGGGCCUUCCAGAACUGCUGGGGGAGGAUUCCUACUGGCCUCUUUCCCUCUCAGUGGUGGUUGUACCUUCCUUUGUGCAGCUCUUGCUGCUGAACUGGUUUCCAGAAAGCCCCCGUUAUUUACUUAUUGAGAAGAAUGAUGUCCAUGGAGCUACUGAUGCACUGCGCUGGUUUCUUGGGAAAUACGAUGUUCAGGAUGUGAUUGAAGAAAUGCAGGAGGAGAAGCGCUCACUUGCUUCAGUGGAAACUGUGUCUGUAUGGCAACUGUUGCUAGAUCGCUCUGUGCGCUGGCAAGUGGUCUCCGUCGUGGUGAUCAACGUGGGCAUGCAGCUCUCAGGAAUUGAUGCAAUCUGGUUCUACACAAAUGCCAUUUUUGAGAAUGCUGGCAUUCCUGACCCCGAGAUACCCUACACUACAGUGGGCACUGGUGCAAUUGAGGUCAUUGCUGGUUUAAUAGGUUGCUUCACCAUUGAGAAGCUGGGACGUCGUCCUCUCAUCAUAGUUGGUUUCUGCUUCAUGGGCAUUUGCUCUUCAGGCAUCACCCUCUCCCUGUUGUUGCAGGGAACUGUGACCUGGAUGCGCUAUGUCAGUGUGGCAUGUGUUAUUGGGAUCAUCGCAGGAUUCUGCAUGGGACCAGCUGGGGUCCCAUUUUUGAUGACAGCUGAGCUCUUCAAGCAGUCCCAUCGACCCCCUGCAUACAUUGUGGGUGGGUCCCUCAACUGGCUCUCAAACUUCACUGUCGGCUUUGUAUUUCCCUUCCUGCAGAUGUCCGCAGGUGCCUUCUGCUACCUGGUCUUCAGUGGUGUUUGCCUUUUGGUCGCAUUGUAUGUCUAUUUCAUCAUCCCUGAGACCAAAAACAAAACAUUUAUGGAAAUCAGCCAGAUUUUUGCUUCUCGCCACACCUUCCUCUCUCACCUGACCGAUUCUGUCAAGAUGAUCAAGUUCAAUGGCUAUGGUGCUCUGGAGAACAGCUCCCUGGAACUGUCAGGGUCAGAAUCCAACCCAUGAUUAUUCUUCCAUGCAUAUUAUUAUGAUGCCUUUUCCCACUGUACCCUCCUGUCACGAAUUCUUCUGUCUGA